GAGCCUCCACAGCUGCCAGCUCUCAGUGGAGUAUGCCAUACUCAGGCACAAAGAGAGAGAGAGAGAGAGACCCACCAUUAGAGCUGGUCACCAUAACCUAUCCUCCAUGUUGAUUUACACAUGCAAGGUAGAGGGAGGUGCAAAGUGGGAAGAGAUUGGCCAUUGGCGUAUGUGUUGAGAGGAAGAGCAGAAUGGCAGAGAGUAUAAGGUGAGGUGAUGGUGUUCAUGGAGGACUGGUACUUGGUUGUUAGUUGACAAGCCAAAAGCCACCCCUCAGUAGCAUCAGCAAACAUCUGCUGUCAGGUCCUCUUGUCAACAGGGAUGGGUUCUGCUCCAUUCGUCCACCCUCUUCCUCUCCAUCACUAGCUAAGGGCACCUCACACCACCCCCCAUCAUCAGCUAUGAAGAGGUGUGCAUCACUGCAUCAGUAGCAGAUGAGUUUCCGACCACCAAAGGGACCAGGACUAGGGAGAAACAAGCUCCUCCGUACCCCCUCUCUCUUCCUCUCCUCCAUCUGCUCUUACUCCGAAACCUGCAAGUCUUCUUCACUUCCAAAAGCAUUCCUGAAAGAGAGAUGAUGUCCUUUCCGCUGACUCUUUCUUCUCCUGCUCUUCCUUAACGUCCAACGAACUCAUAGUGAGAGAGGGAGAGGGAGAGGGAGAGAGAGAGAGAGAAUUGAUUCUUACCUAAGUCUUUAUUGAGUCCUUUAGCCUCUACACCUCUCUCUCUCUCUCUCUCUCUCUCUCUCUCUCUCUCUCUCUCUCUCUCUCUCUCUCCUUUCCUAGAAACCAAAACCAAUAGAGGACAGACAGAAGAAGAAGAAGAAGAAAAAGAAGAAGAAGAAAAGUUGGUUCAACAUUCUACACAGCAGCGGCGACGAUGAGCGAGCACGAGGCACGCGACUUGAUGAGCGUUGACUCGUUCUCCCAGCUCCCGUUCAUCCGCCCGGCACCCAAGCCCUCCACCACCACUUCCGGCAUCCGCCUGUUCGGCAUCGAAGUCCCACACCACCCCAACGUCGUGGAAGACGACGCCUCCAAGGACAACACCGCCAUCACGAGUAGCGCCGCUACCACCACCGUCAACGGAGGCAGCGGGAGUGGACGGAGGUUCGAGUGCCACUACUGCUGUCGCCAUUUCCCGACGUCGCAAGCGCUCGGCGGGCACCAGAACGCGCACAAGCGCGAGCGCCAGCACGCGAAGCGGGCAUAUCUCCAGUCCGCCGCCAUGGCCGCAGCCCAGCACAACCAGGCGGCCAUCUACGCCCACCACGUCCACGGCCUCUUCAAUUACCACCACUGUCUUGGUCCACCGUCGUCCUCUGCAGCCCGCUUCGCCGUCGAGCCCUCUUCGGCUCCGCACUACCCUUCAUGGCACGCUACCGACACUCUUAAUGGCAGCUUCGGUGCCUUUUUCCACGGCGGGCUUGGUUCGCUGUCUCAACCCAUCGAUGGCAGCCCAUUGCCAGGGAUCUGGAGAGUCCCCGGAGUUAUGCAUGGCGGAGGAGCGAGGAUAGGGGCGAUCCAUGGGGACUCUCGCAUGCCCUCCCCCAUGUUCAGAGGAGAUAACGAGCCACGAUUAAUAGGAGUUGGAGGAGGUGUCGGCUCGGACGGUAAUGCUCAUGGAACUCCUGCGUCGCCGAAAGACCAAUUUGCUCACCAAUUCAUGCCCAGUGCGAAGGAGAACGUGAGUCUGGAUUUGCACCUGUGAUCGGCAUUGUCGAGAGAUCUUGAAUGAGACUCCAUACUUCUUUUGCUUCCACCUAUGUUGUUGUGUUGUAGGGAUCAGAAACAAUGCAUUUUUUUUUUUUUUUUGUCAGCAGGAGAUGAUUUCUUCCGUUUGGUCGUACGCUUGCAUCAAGAGGAGCUAUCGUUUGGUAGUUCCCUUGUCUGUACUGUGAUCAAAAUAACACUUUGGGAACAUCUUUA